AUGAGCUUCACCAUCGAGGAGAGAGGCAGGCCGAACACUCAGGACUACAGGGUGUUUUUCAGUAAGAGCUACUCUAUAGUUCUUGUGUUAGUGGAUAAUUUUUCUCACCUGAACUGUGCAGCUGCUUGACUAGCCUGUAGUUUAUAACUUCAGUAAAAGCUGUGUUGAACUUUUCUCAUGCUUGUAUUUAUGUAUUUCUCCUCUCAUUAGAAAACUCUGCUGGCAAAUACAUCUCACCAUUUCAUGACAUACCUGUCUACGCAAAUGAAGCACAGGUGAGCAUCAUGUAUCAGGACAUUCUGCAGAGACAGUCGUUGCUCUAGUAUAAUAAUGCACUCAUAGAAGAUUAAAGGCACAACUUUGGCCAUUAGCAGGGAAUAGGCACUGCUUUUUCUUCUCAAGCCCUGCAACUGUGGCAAUUUCUGCUACAGGAGAUUUUAGGACAACAGUAGCAAUUUUCAGUUAGUCUUCAGCAGUGGACAACUGUUUUUCCCAGCACCACCUGGGGGGCUGUAGUGUGUGUCCUUACCUGACUUGAGAAACUGUGCUGAUAGUUGAAGCAGAAAUUACCCCAAUAAACCUGCAACACUGAGCUCUUAGUAUAUAAAACACAAUUCACAUCACAGGCUCCAAAAAGUCCACUUACUUGCUAUUGUCCAUAUAGUGAAAUACAUAUUUUUACUUUAUUUUUUACAGAAAAGUAUUGUGCCUUUCAUAUCAAUUUAAGAGCAUAAUAAUGACAGUAAAUCAUUCAUCUAAUGCUCAGUUACAGUUCUACUCACAUUAGUUUUUUGGUGAUAAUUUACUGUGGUUUUUUUCAGCUCUCUGUUUACACCCACAAUCCCUGCCAGCAUCUUUUGAGUUUCGCUUGUUCUUCAAGCCUGUAAUCCCUCCAUGUGGUUCUGUUCAGGAUAGAAAUGUUUGCAAACAAGGAAAAAAGGUUGAAAAAUAUAUAUAUUUGUGAUAUUUUUGCAGAAUAUUUUCCACGCUGUUGUUGAGGUUCCACGAUGGACAAAUGCAAAGAUGGAGGUAUGUGAAAAAAUAACCCAGUAUUUCUCACACCAACAGUCGAAAUGCCCUCGUGUAGAUGAAAAUUUCCGGUUAGAUUUUGCAUCGUUUUUGAUACAAUACUGGCAUUUUUCUUUUGCACUAUCAGAUAAUGAUAGGGAAAUGAUAUUUUUGUACCAGUUUGUUAGAUGACAUAACUGUAUUUCUGUUUAUCAGAUUGCCACCAAAGAUCCUCUCAAUCCACUGAAACAAGAUGUGAAGAAGGGAAAUCUUCGUUACGUAGCAAAUGUUUUUCCUCACAAAGGCUACAUCUGGAAUUACGGGGCUAUUCCACAGGCAAGUCCUACUGAGAUUUUACCCAACAACUGCAUACUUUAUGUCUCUGCUCCAUCAAACCAGUGUUUUCUCCUUUCACAGACAUGGGAAGACCCCAACCACAAGGACAGUGACACAGGCUGCUGUGGAGACAAUGAUCCUAUUGAUAUAUGUGACAUAGGAAACAAGGUACUGGUGAAAUACUGACUAUAAGGUAAAGACAGACAGAGUGAAAUUCAGCUUUUACAAAAAUAUGUCUUUGAUUCUUAGGUGUGCUCUCGAGGAGAAAUAAUCAAAGUGAAGGUAUUGGGAACCCUGGCUUUGAUCGAUGAGGGCGAGACAGACUGGAAGGUCAUUGUGAUCAAUACUGAGGACCCUGAAGCUGCAGACUUUAAUGGUACGACUAUGCCUGCAAUGGACAGGGUCAGAGAAGCGCCAUAAAAGAGAAUAAGUCUGUGAACAGAAAAAAAUGAAAUUUGAAAUUGUAUUUUUUUGAAGAUUACUUUUGAGGAGCCUUUUGCCUGUAGUGAUAAAACUGCCUGAGAGGGACAUUCAGGAGGAGAAGAAAAAUGACAUACGCUGAAUCUUGCAGAGAUUUGGCAUUGAUUCAACAAACAGUGCAACAAAGGCUCUACGCUUAAAUCACUAAAUCACACUAAAUAUUUCUAUAUUCUAUCAGCAAUUUAGAGCCUCCACACAAAACAAGCUGCUAGCCCAACAGGAGAAAUGUGCCUUCUGUGGUUACCAAGUUAACUCUGACUUACAGAGUUUUCUUUUUCUUUUCUUUUGCUGAUCAUUUCAGAUAUAGAUGAUGUGAGACGACUCAAACCCGGCUACCUGGAGGCAACUUUUGAUUGGUUCAAAAGAUACAAAGUCCCAGACGGGAAACCUGAAAACCAGUUUGCUUUCAACGGGGAGUUCAAAGACAGGGUACACUUUUAAACUUUUGUAUUCUGUAUUUGCAGUUCACAGAAAAAUGAAGAACAAGCCUCCAAACUAAACUACACUAACAGAGCUUUUUAGAGUCUGAGCAGAGUUUUCAAUACGGGAUCUAAAUCUUUAAAGUUGUCAAGCAAAUGUAAUAUAUUUAUAAGGUAAAUCUGUCUUUCUUUGUUGUAAAUGAAAAUGAUACUACACAGGAUUUUGCCAUAAAAACAGUCAAGAGUACCCAUGAGUUCUGGAAGGCCCUUAUAUCUAAAAAGAGCAGCGCUGGAGAGAUAAACUGGUGAGUUUAAUUCAAUUUUGGAAUGUAAUGUAGUCAUAUCAUGUUGCGCAAUGUGCGCUUAUACAGAGAGUCUGCUUUAUGAUGAUAUACUCAAAGUAACAAGUGAUUUCCUUGCAUCUUGAAUCAGCAUGAACACAAGUGUCUCCGACAGUCCAUUCUGCUGCUCUGCAGGAGAUGCAGAGGCUGUGGUUAAAUCUGUGAGUGCUUUUUGUUUGUUUGUUUCAAUUUAAAUUCAUGUUGAGUAGCUUGAAAGUGUAUGACUUCCUUUUUCAAACAAGUUCACUAUAAGUUAUCAGUGCAUUAAAUCCAAGCUACUUGUACUUGUCAUUACUUGGCAAAAAUAGAAUCUCUUGUUUUUCCAAUAGGCAUGUGACUUUGGAGCUGAAGACCCCAUUCCAAGUUCAGGUGAGCAGAUACCUUCACGUGCAGCUGUUGUGUGUUGUUAAUUCUCAUGGGAUCUUUUGUGACUGAUUGUUUUUUUUUUUCAGCUGAUAAAUGGUUCUACUAUGAGAAGUAG